AUGUGUCCAACCAAGAGUGGGUUGGAGGACCCUAAACUUGGACCGACUGCAGAGGAUUUGGCUGGGAACGCUUGGCAGCAUUUGAAAACAAGCCCAAGUUUUGCUGAUGCUGCCGGGGGGAUGCAUGCAAGCCGUCGUCGUCGGAACUGCAGCUCCCAGGAUACUCUGAUGAGAACCCUUCCCAAGACAGGGUUCUCUUUCACUCCAACAGUGGAACGACAAAUGGCCUAUGACAAUGAAGGAGAAGCUCUCUUGUGUUGCACUGACUACGAGCAGGAGUUGGAGAUCGUCCAGGGCUGUUUUGUAGUUGAGGAGAACCAUGAGUUUCCUGAUAGGCAAGCGAUGACAAUCGGUGUUGAGAGAUCCCGCUACCCUGAAGUCUUCCUCCAACCAUUUCUGAUCGGAAAGAGAAUAGCCGGAAUUCAUGAAACUGCCCACAUCAUUAUGAAACGUGACAUUGAUAUCAGGAAUGACUUGUAUGGAAACAUUGCGCUCAGUGAGGACUCCACCAUGUUCUCAGGUAUUGUUGGUAAGGUGAACAAAGAUGUCACUGCCUUUGCUCCCAGCAACAUGAAGAUCAGGGUGGUGACGCCUCCUACAAGAAGGCAUAGUGUCUGGAUCGGAGGGUCAAUAUCGGCAUCUCUCGGCAUUUUCCAGCAGAUAUGGGUAUCCAAGAGUGGAUCACUCUCACUCUUACCAGCGCCCCUCCAUCUUAGGCCCGCCCAUUUGCUUCCAAUUUGCAUGGUUUGCAUGGCCACCCUCGGCUUACAUCCCUAA